AUGGCAGGGCUGGAACGCCGGGAAAACGGGGGCUGCCUGAUUCGGAGGACGCCGGACGGAGCCUACGUAACGGAUCCCGUGACUGCGCUAAGUCCCGUGGUUGACCUAGCGGGGCCGGAGAUUGGCUUUCGAGCCGAGCGCUAUGCCCUUUUGGGGGAUGGCGUCAGCUGCAAGCCGCAAGUAAACAAGGUAUCGUUGUCCCCAGUUCCUGGAAACCAAAAAGUCCACCCCGCUGCGUAG